CUCCACCAUCUCAGCAUGUCUCUUGUAUGAACAAUGAUUUAUAUUAUUGCAACGGCAUGUAUUAUACUGGGUACUUUACAAGCAAACUUGGAAGUGACCAAAGUUGUGGGAGAUUCUGUCACAUUCAACUGCUUUUAUGAAAUACGCUACAAGUCACAUGGAAAGUACUGGUGUUUUGGGAAUUCUAGAUCUUCUUGUGAGACUUUAGUCCACUCUCAUAACUUUUGGAAAGAUGGCUAUCAACACAGAGCAGUAUUAACAGAAGAGAAGAUGAAAGGAAUCUUCUUCUUGACUAUAAAAAAUGUUCAGUUGUAUGAUGCAGGAUUUUACUACUGCAAGUUGAGCAAGCCUGUUAUGGAAUUAGUAUUAGAAACUGUGCAGCUUCGUGUCUUGGAAGUAUUGCGUCUACGGAAAACGUCUGUAGCAAUGUCAAUAAGCUCUGCCGAUGGAAAACCUCUAUCUGUAAACAGGGAAAUGAUGAAACCAAAUUCAUUUAAGGCAUCAGAAUCUUUGGACGUCAAGCGACUAGCUCUAAUGAACUGA